ACCAAAUAUUUCAGUCAGACAGGUGAACUAACAAGCUGUUAUCCAUUUUUGUCCAGUCCAGGCUGAGCAAUGGACUCUGGAGCCAGCAGGACAAUGGAGAUGGCGGCGCUCGGUCGACCUUUUGGCCUCGGGAUGUUGUACGACUGCCGCGAAGACUCACUCAUCCCUGGAAUGACAUUGUGGGACCGUGCUAACCUGAUUAAUCAUAUUGGAGAAAGACCGCAGAACUAUAAUGAUUUUGAGAUAGUUGCAUCUGAAUCAAUUGCAGAUAAAUCUUCAGCACUAAAUGUUGAAGCAUCACUUCAGGCAAGUUUUUUUAGUGGACUGGUAGAGGUUGGAGGAUCGGCCAAAUAUCUGAAUGACAGUAAGACUUCCAAAAAUCAGGCCAGAGUAACUCUGAAAUACAAAGCUACCACAAAGGUCAAGGAACUGUCGAUGGAUCAUCUUGGAAGAGACAAUGUGAAGCAUCUGUAUGUAUUUGAUAAAGGAUUAGCAACACAUGUAGUCACAGCUAUUCUUUAUGGGGCACAAGCCUUCUUUGUCUUUGACCGUGAGGUGUCCGAAAACGAAGAUCAUCAAGACAUUCAGGGCAACUUGAAGGUGAUGAUCAAGAAGAUUCCCAGCAUUACAAUAGAGGGUGAAGGUUCCCUGAAAAUGGAAGACAAGGACAGAGAAAAGGUUGACAAAUUCUACUGCAAAUUCUUUGGAGACUUUUCAAUUCAGAAAUCUCCUACAUCCUUUCAGGAUGCUGUAGAAGUCUACCAAAGCCUCCCAAAAUUGUUGGGAGCUAACGGAGAAAACGCCGUACCAAUGAAGGUCUGGCUGUUGCCAUUGACAACUUUAGAUUCUUCUGCUGCUAAACUCGUCCGUCAGAUAAGUAUAAGAUUAGUUCAAGAAUCACAGAGUGUCCUGGAGGACUUCAGUGAGCUGGAAAUAAGGUACAGUGAUGCACUGAGGACCACCACUGCACAGCAGUUCCCACAGAUUAGCAAAAAGAUUAAAAAAGUUAAAGAACUGUGCUUUGAGUUCAAGCUGGACUUCCAACAAACCUUGGCAAAGAAACUUCCGUCAAUCCGAGGAGGAGGAGAAGAGGAGGAUGGACUCGCAGAGAUCCUGAAGAAGAAACAUUCUUCUCCUUUCAACAGCAAAACCUUAAACAAGUGGAUGGACUGUAAACAGAGAGAAAUCGACACAUUGAUGUCUUUCACCAACAUGAUGAAAAACACCAAGAUCGUUCCAUCUCAAACAGACUUGUACAAAGAAAGUCUCAGUGCAGACCAUGCUGUGUGUUUUGUCUUCACCUCAUUGGGACGUGAUGAACCGUACCUCUCAGCUUUAUCAAACUACUUAAAACAAACAACAGACGACCCUCAAGUUGCCCAUACCCACGAUGUAGAGAAGGAUCAAUGGUAUGCUUCAAGAGAAGUAGUACAAGAAAUGAGGCAUAAAGCAAAUAUCUUCAGUGACUUUGCAGAGGCCAACAAGGAGAACAAGAAGAUUAAGUUCCUGACAGCGGGUUCAACAAAUGAGACACAGAAAGGUUCAAGCAUCUACCUUUAUGAAGACGGCUUUUCUGUCAGUGAGAACUUUGAGCCGCCUUCAAAGCCUGAAACAGUGACAGUAAGUGAUAUAAACUACAACAGUGUGACUCUGAAGGUUUCUCCACCCAGAUUUGGAGCAGAGGACAUCACCUUCUACUCUGUUGAGUACUGUGUCAGUGGAGAGGAUGAAUGGAAACAGAAGACAGCAUCAAAAGCUGAAGAAGUCACAGUGAGCGAUCUGAGUCCUAACACAGAGUAUAUGUUCAGAUGCAGAGCAGUGACCUCAGUAGGUGUUGGGCCAACCAAUGAAGUCAGUGGUUCCACUAAAACGUUACCUUGCAGCCCUCCUGGAAAACCUCGAGUUGAACCAAACUCAAGAGCGAUAUCAGUUAGCUGGGAGAAACCUGCUGGGCUUGGACAAGAUGUCCACAUUUUGAACUACAUCGUGGAGUACGCCAAAACAGACAACGGGAUGAAAGAGGAAGACCUCCAAUGGAACGAAAUGAUGGUAGGAACUGAAAAGGCGAUCAUAUCAGAGCUUCAGUCAGAGACAGAAUAUGUUGUCAGGGUCAGAUGUGAUUGUGGUGAAGCUGGCAGAAGCAAAGAAAGCAUCACUGUUAACGUCCGCACAACAAAGUUUACACUAACAGAAUCCCUCAGAAGUACAACCGAAAAGAUGAAUUCUGAUUCACCAUCAGUUUACAAACUGACUCUGACAGAAGAAGAUAUGAACAUCAGUGGAUGCCGAAGAUUCAGUUUUGGCAAAGAAAGCACAAGGCAGAAUCGCACUAUAAUGCUUUUCGGGGUGACCAGAUCAGGAAAGUCCACUCUGAUCAACGCAAUGAUCAACUACAUAGUUGGUGUAAAGUGGAAGGACAACUUCAGAUUCAAAUUACUUGAUGAGGAUCAGUUCAGAUCACAAGCUGAAAGUCAGACCUCUGAAGUCACUGUGUACAAAAUCAACCACCAGGAUGGUUUUAAAAUCAACUACUCACUGACCAUUGUUGACACUCCAGGCUUUGGAGAUACAGGAGGCAUAGAAAGAGACGAGGAGAUCAUUGAACAUCUGCGCAAUCUCUUCUCUGCUGAGUGUUUCAGUGAAAUUGACGCUGUGUGUUUCGUAGCUCAAGCUACUUUAACACGACUCACACCGUCACAGAAAUGUUUGUUGGAUUCUGUGCUCUCAAUCUUUGGCAAAGAUGUGGCAGAAAAUAUCCGGGUUCUGGUGACAUCUGCAGACGGCCAGCAACCACCAGUUCUAAAGGCAAUCACUGCUUCAGGUGUCCCAUGUCCUAAAACAAAAGAUGGGCUUCCAGUUCACUUCAAAUUUAAUAAUUCAAUGUUGUUUGCAGACAACAAAUCAUCUGCAGCAGACAGCAUGAGUGAGCAUGAUGAUGAUGAUGGAGGAUUUGAUCAGAUGUUUUGGAACAUGGGAACAAAAGGCAUGCAGAGGUUCUUUGUUGCUUUAAAUGUCAUAGACACCAAAAGCUUGACAAUGACGAAAGACAUCCUCAGAGAAAGAAAGCAGCUUGAGAAGUCAUAUGAAGAUUUGCAGAAGCAGGUUAAAACUGAGCUAGCCAAGCUUGAGGAGAUCAGAGGGACAAUUGGAAUACUUAGAAAACAUAAGGCAGAGAGCAGCAAUAAUGAAAACUUUGUGUUUGAAUUCACUGUAAGGAAGCCUGUUAAAGUAUUUAUUUCUGGAUCUUACAAGUACAGGUGGGAGUAUUGGGAGGUAAAGGAAAAAAUAACAAUAAUAGAGCUGAAAACGAAGUACCAAAAAGCCACAAAGACUGAGACACCUGUUAAGGCAUUGAUUGACGAACUGUGGGAUGAAUGUACACGUGUUAAGGCUGAGGUGUACAUACUGAUAGAGAGAUCCACUGAGUGUUUAAACAAACUUAAAGAGAAAACACUAAAGCCAGAUCCUCUCUCCACUGCAGCGUACAUUGACAAGCUUAUCGAGGAAGAGAAAUCUGAAGCCAAGCCACCUCAGGCAACGACUUGAGUACCUGAUAUUCAUACAAAGUCCUUGAGAGACAUACAAAGACAACAUCAAGGAUUUAUUUCAUGCCUCUGGAAGUUGUUUCAAUUAUAAAAUCCAGACCAUAACAAGACCGAAACAGAUUACCACCAAGACAAAGAGGAGAUCUAUUCUGAGACAGAUAAUAAAAACAGGACAGAGAGUCUUAAUACUAAGAGAUUGAAACUUGAAUUACUUUUACCAAGAAAAGCUCAAUCAUAAAUGUGUCUGAUAUGAAGAACCAAGUUUCUUUUACACAAAUGUAGUGCUGCAGCAGUAAUUUGCAUGUGCUUUUUACCAAGAAGAGAAACACAGAUUAACAUGUGUGAUGAUAAAUAUUUAAUAAGAAGACCAAAACAGAUUACCACCAAGACAAAGCGGAGAUCCUUUCUAACACACAUUUUAAAGAACAAACAGGACAGUCUUGAUACUGAGAGACUGAGACUUUAAUGACGUUGACCAAUGUUGUAAAUGUGCCCAAGAUAAAAACUUUUUUUUGCACAAACAAACUAAAAUUGGCCGCUUCAAUAGGGACAACAAAGAGGUGGCCAUCAAGUCUGUGGUCUCUGCAGAUCACCAGCCCCUCACACUCUCCACCACCGACGUGUGUGUGGCACUGAGCAGGAUUAAUGCAUGCAAGGCUGCUGGUCCUGAUGGUAUCCCCGGACGCGUACUCUGGGCCUGUGCUGUGCAGCUGACUGAGGUUUGGACUGACAUAUUUAAUCUGUCACUAGCCCAGGCAGCUGUCCCCGCGUGCUUUAAAACCACCUCCAUCGUGCCGGUGCCAAAACACUCCACUGCAACAAGUCUUAAUGACUUCCGUCCAGUUGCACUCACCCCCAUCAUAAUGAAGUGCUUCAAGAGGCUGGUCCUGGCCCAUCUCAAGACCUGCUUCGCUGUUAGCUGGGAGAAACCUGCUGGGCUUGGA